CACAAGGGGGUUGUCCCUCUGGUGGCUCAACCUCGCGGAGCACUCCGGGGCCUCCCCCGGGCUGCCGUCCGCGCAGCUCGCUGCUCUGUGGCCGGUGGGCCGUGCGGGCCCCAACAUGGUGGACUACUACGAGGUGUUGGGUGUGCCCCGGCAGGCCUCGUCCGAGGCCAUCAAGAAGGCAUACCGCAAGCUGGCGCUUAAGUGGCACCCCGACAAAAAUCCUGAGAACAAGGAGGAAGCAGAGCGGAGAUUCAAACAGGUGGCUGAGGCCUACGAGGUGCUGUCCGACUCCAAGAAACGCGACGUCUACGACCGCUGUGGCAAGGCCGGCGUGGAUGGUGGUGGCGGCGCCGCCAGCGGGCCCUUCGAGGACCCCUUCGAGUACAUCUUCACCUUCCGCGACCCGGCCGAGGUCUUCAGGGAGUUCUUUGGUGGCCAGGACCCAUUUUCGUUUGACUUCUUCGGAGACCCGCUUGAGAACAUUUUUGGGGGUCGGAGGAGCUCUCGAGGAAGCAGAAGCAGAUCAUCAGCAUCCCUUUUCUCCACCUUCAAUGAAUUUCCAGUCUUUGGGGGUGGGUUUUCUUCUUUGGAUACAGGAUUUACUUCCUUUGGCCCCCUGGGAAAUGGGAGCGUUUCUUCCUUCUCCAUGUCUGCUGGUGGUGGAGGGACAGGCAGCUUCAAGUCCGUGUCAACAUCCACAGAAAUAGUUAAUGGCAAAAAAAUCACCACCAAGAGAAUUAUUGAGAAUGGCCAAGAAAGAGUGGAAGUGGAAGAAGACGGAGAGUUAAAGUCCCUGAUAAUAAAUGGCAAAGAGCAGUUGCUACGCAUUGGCACCAAGUAAUUCCAGCCCAUGUUUGACUUAAAAGCACAUUUUAGGGAAUAGCACAACUUUUUUUUAAGAUUGCAAGUAAACUCUACUUUCACAACAGCUGUACCCAAGAGUUUAUAAACACGUCAUGCCAAUGCCUAUUUGUUGUUAUUGUUGAGACUAUGAAAAUAGGACCUCUGUCUUUAAAACUGUUGUAAAUAUCUGUAUGCACUUUGCUAUUUAUUAAACUUAAUCCCAAGGCAGAUGGUGAUUAUUUCAUAAUGCUAGGACAAAAUGUCACCACAGCACCUUGAAUCUUGCCUUUUUCCUUUUUGUUUGAAAUAUAAGCCAGGUAAUUUGCUCUGAA